UCGAUAACUGGGGAAAAGACUGGUGUCGAUUUUAUCCUAGUGAUGUUACUACAUUCACAAACACUCACAUGUUGUCCGAUCGUCCUGCAUAUAUGGCACCGCCUACACGCUUUCAUCAUUAACGAGCUACCAAUGUAGGGUUGACAGCACAAUAAUGGGAAUGACAGACAUAAUACCCGAGAAAAAUGGCUCACUUACAAGUCUUUCCAUAGACGAGAUAUUCACGAGAUACUCCGUUCACUCAGUGAGACCUCUUCACAGGGAAUAUCAUGCUAGUGUAAGUAAAGCCAAGGCUGAUCUUCAUUCUUUGGUGGGAAGAAAAUACAGAGAUUUGAUUCAAAUUGCCGAGGAUAUUGAUCAGAUGAACCAUAUGUCCAGAAAUAUUGAUUACAAGCUCACAGAUCUCUCAUACAAGACUACCCGCCAUGUUCUGUUUGGCAGAAAUAGAUUUUCUAAGUUUGAAAGCAUGUCAAGAGAAGAGAAUGCUAAAGCAGCCAGAAUUGCCUCAAAAACGACCAUUUUCAACAAUAUUUUGAACAACAAGCUACUAUCGUUUGAUUUGAAACUACAGGGAAUGGGACAUGUGAAAGCACACUAUCUUGUGCAUAUGGCAAAGGUGUACUUUACAGUGGAAUCAGUUUUCAAAACGAUUUCCUCCAAGACAGUCAAUACCGAUCGAAACUUCGCUCAGUACAAGGAAAAUUUCAAGAUUUAUUUGGAGACCAAAAUUGCUACCUGGCUUCCACAGCUGUUCUCUUUUGACAAGGAUAGGACAAACAUUACUAAGAACACCGCUGAUCAGUGGUUGGAAUCUGACAUUGUCGAUUUUUUACAAGAACAAAUUGAAGAAGGAGACGACGAAGAAGAAAAAGAUUCAGACUAUGAAAAUUAUGAUGAACUAGGCCUCAAUAAGUACUUUAGGGUUUCAUCAUCACCAUUGUUGAACUACAUUGUUGCAUACAUCAUUCUAAACAACAAUAAACCACACUUGAGUUCUUUAGAGGGAAUUGCGAGAAAAAUCAUCGAUUUGCGAUUUCAUUUUUUGACAAAACUAUUGAGCAUUGAUCUUGCAAACGAUCACUGCAAUUCCCGCAACAUCAAUUUUUCUUUUAUCAUCGGAUUCACUGAGUCAACUUAUAGUUGUAUCAAGAAGUAUUUUCUUGAAUCAAGUCCCAAUAAUCUUGCAUCUACUUUUCGGCGCAACACAUCUUGGAAAGCUUAUGACCUUAUUGGAUUUCACAACUGGUUUGAGGAAGAAACAAUCUUGUUAGAUGUUAGCAAAUACGUGCUGCUUCCAGAUGACUUUUUAGAAUCAACCCAAAGUGGAAACGAGGCUUUUAAGAAUUAUAUCUAUGAUGUGUUCACUACAAUUGUGGCAAAUCAUGACACCAAAAACUCACUUCAACAAGCAGAAACGGCCUUGAGUAUGUUCUAUAACUUCUUAACUGCUUGUCGGAAGGCUGAAGUUCAUGCCGAAUCGAGUGAUUGUAACUGCUUUUCUGUGCAAGCGUUCUCGAGAGAAAACUUACCCCGCAAUUUAUUGCAGUUUGUUGUCUCUCUUCUCGAAAACGCAACAGCAAAGGAAAAUGAGUUCUUUAUUGAAAAUGUGCGAGGCAAAGUUAAAUUAUCAUUCGAUGAAUGUCCAGAAGAUAAACACUCUACACAAGAACUUUUUGAUAAAGACAUGAUACGCCUCAUCGACGAUGAUUUCGAUACAUAUUUCAAGCAAGUCUUUUCAUUAUCUUCGGGAGACAAUGAAAAUACUCUCAGAAGAUUUGAGAUAACAUCCGAACUUAAGCAGUGGUUGAACAGACAAAAGAUAUUAUCGGCUCUCACCCGUUCGUCAGGUACGAGUCUUGUAUCAAGAAUUGAUCAGCUUUUCGGCAAGUCGCAUCCGAAUGUAAAGCCCUUCACUCUGUGGGGAGACUUUACGACUGAUUUAUUAAAAUUGAGAUUUGAUGGGGUAGCCCAGGAAAGAUAUGCAUCACUCAAGCUGAAUUUAAACCAAUUAUUGGAUGAUAUUAUACAUCCAUUAAAUCACCCCAUAGAUACUUCAAGGGUAAGCAAGUUUCAUUUCAUGCUUUAUCUUAUUCAUUUGUUGAGAACAAACAAUGAUUUACACAAUGAUGAGACUAUUGAUUCCAAAAUCGACGGUGCGCUUCACUAUUUCUUUGAGAGGCUUUUCGAUGGUUUGUCCGCACAAAAUUUGUCGCCCGAGAAUCAGACUGUGAUUGAUCUGUUCACUCAUUUGUCAGCCCUAGACUCAGCAGCAGGAAGUGGCACAGUGCCUUUAUGGCCUCAUAUUAUAGUCAACUCGACUUUCGAGAAACUUUCAUCUACCAUCCUAGCCUCCGACUUCUUAAAUUCAAGUGAACUAUUCGAAAUUUUUCUGCACGAGAAGAACAAGCCCAUUUUUGUUAACGUUAAGAAUGCUUGGUUAACCAGAUAUUUCCUCGAAGAUUGGCUUCUCAAAGAUGCCAAUGCCAAAAGUGUGGGUUUGAAGUCGACACAGACAGACAAGGGCCCUUCGAGCUUUGAGGAACAUAGACCCAUCAGUGCUGAAACCUCUCGUACUAUUGACUUUUUUGAAACCGAAGGAGGCAAUGUGGGCACUGAUAACAAGACAAAUGAGGUAUCAUGUGAAGCACGAGAUUCCACCGAUAAUGAGGAUUACACCCAUGUCGAAGAGCCUUUCGAGUUUAAAGACUCCACAAAUGCUGAAGAGUUGCCAAAUUCUAGCGUUCUCUCACAUGGUCAAAAUCCAAAUUUGACAUUGGAUAGGAAGCUACUGACAAGUCAGUCCAGGCAAUUGAUGGCCAAUGCGGCUUUCGUGAUUUGCUUUGUAACUGAAGUGCCUUUGACGUCACAAAUGGAUGUAGUCCAAAAGAUCGUGGAACAAAUCAAUUCGCUGAGCGAGAAUCAGAUUGAGAAUUCCACAUUGGAUAUCAUCAUCCGAGGAAUGAAUGAAUUUUACAAGUCGUGCAGAGACAUACAUCUCCCGCUUCUGAUCAAUUAGAUUUACCUUUAGUCUAUAGAUUAUUUGAAAGUUUGAAACUCAGUAUAAAUAGAUCUUGGAGCCACUCUCGGUCAAUUGUUUUAAGGUUUCUGUCGUUUCGCUGAUAUUGAAAACGUUUUGCAUUUUUUGAUCCAAAUAUGAGUUGUCCGCAAUGACAAUCUUGAUCUCGCUAGCUUUCAAUCCCAGGUCCUUGUUAUUCAAGAU